GCCAGAAGAAGAGACCGGCAACACCUGCGACAACAAACUGUUGCUAGAAGUCUUGACAGCCCAGAUGAAGGAGAUGAUGGACGCUAAAUUAGAAGAGCUUCGUCAAAGAAAUGAAACAAAGGAGGGCACAUGAAGGAGCUCCUAAGAAAGACAGAGACAAACCGAGACAGCUUAGAUACAAAGGGGCAGAAGGUUAUGACCAUCGUGAUCAUAACUUGUUUCAAGAAGGCCAGAGGAGAUCUAGACGUGCACGAGAAGGCAGCGGUCAACUUAAUGGUGAAAUUAUUUCAUUCCAUGGGAAAAAUGAUCCAGACACCUAUCUGGAGUGGGAGAAGAAGCAAGAACUCGUUUUCAGUUAUCAGCAUUAUUCAGGGAACAAUAAGGUGCGAGUUGCAGUUGCUAGUUUCUAUGAUUAUGCCCUGAGUUGGUGGGAGCAGUUGAAGAUCUCAAGGAGACGCAAUGGAGAGAAACCAGUGGAGGCAUGGGAAGAAUUGAAAGCUAUCAUGAGAAAAAGAUAUGUCCCAAAGCUUCAAAUCAAUCGCUCUAGAAUACAAGACCAUGUUUUCAAAACCGGUGGAGAACUUGUAAUUGGUAAAGCGAAGGUUAUGAGCACCAGAUCAGCAGAGGGAGGACUAAUCACACAUGAGAAAGAUUCUGGUCGAGCCAGAAUUCCAUUUGCUCCAUCCCAAAUCCAAGGAGUUGAAGACAGACCACCCAAAAGUCAAGGAGCGCCGAAACUGACAUCAUUGGAACAAAGUCCAGAGUUAGCUAAGAUAAGUGUUGGUCCAUCUCAAUCAAUUUCUGAGAAUUUUAAUUCUAGUAUCAUACACUUGUCUUUGCCAAAAGAAAUUGAUGCAGGUUCAGAUUCUAGAGAAGAGCAAAGACAAAAAGAUGAUCUCAUCAAGGUCAAGGAGCAGAAACAAAAUAAAGAGGUUUGCAAGGAAAUAACCUGUGAGAACAAACCUGUUAGUUAUUCAAACGCCCUUGUAAGGAAUGGAAUUUGAAGACAACAACCCUGGAGGAUUACCACAAAUCUUUGGACUUGAACACCAAUGUGUUUUUAAACCAGGAGCACCCAGAGAGACCACUCUUUAUGUCAUACAGAGCCUAAAAGGUAAGGAACUCGUUGUGACCAAUGCAAUGAGUCAAAGGUAUGAAAUUCUAGCUGUUCCUGAAGUUAAGCUGCUAGAUUUUGAGCACACCAAUGAGUUUUACGAAUCUGGUGAUUUAAAUGUUGUGUUUCAAUCUUGUGAGAUGUCUGCAUAUGGAAAGUUCUUUGGAACUAAAAGUUUUAUGUUUGAUAAAGCUAAACCGUGUGAGCAUCACUGUUUGUUGAAAAAUUAUGUGUUAGUAUUUGAUAGACUCUCUAAGAUAAAUCACUGCAUUUUUCCUCUUGAAAAUAAAGAGGGUUUGCAAGUUCUGAAUUCAUUCAUUUAGAGUUUUAAUACUGUCUACAUGCUGGACUAUGGUGAAUUCUUUGAUGAAUAUGCAGGACUUGUUUUUGAUGCUCUAAAAGAGAAACUAUUUGCUAAAUCAGAGAAGUAUGUCUCUUGCACGUAUGAUCUUGUGUUUGGAGUCUUUGUUGUACCUUCACAGGUUAAACAGGUUGGUGACAAGAAGAAACAUGGAUCCAAAACGUGGUGGUUUUACUUGUGGCUAAAGAAGUUUACUGUUCGAUUUGUUUUCGAACCAUGGAAACAUCUGGGAACUGAUCAAUAUCAAAAUGGAGCAAACAGGAGGCAAUGCAGAAUGAUCUUUGAGCCUGGAGGAAGUUUGUGGAUUCAAAUAAGGAAUGGACGUCUUCUAACACAAACAAAGAUCAAGCUGAUUCCAAGAAGCAAUCAUGCAUUUCAAAUAUUUGAGCCGAUCAAAUUCAAAGCUUAUACGAAAAGCUUGCAAGGUAAGUAUAUUCUGAGUUUCACUUUCAGCUUUUCUAACUUAAUAUUUUUCGUUGCAGAUGAACCAGAUUUGAAGACAAAUCCUUUUCAAGUGGAGGGGGAUGAUGUGAUCAUGGCUAGCACUAAGGAGAUGAAGCUUGAACCAGAGCUUGUAGCUGAGUUUGUACCAGUUAGACCCAUGAUUCAGUCUAAAACCAAGCAAUUCAAGGAAGAACUCGGAGCAAAUCUUAUACACAUUUGGGGAUGAACUGAGUUCUUGAGCCAGGUUGGAGAAGAUGAAUUAGAAACCUCUAUGGUUUUGAUUCAGGCUCAAGAAGAUCAACAAAUGGCUAAGUGUCCCAGUUGUACUCUUUUUUCCUUACCUUUGGUUUUGUCCCAAUGGGUUUUCCAAAGGAAGAUUUUUAAGGAAGCAAUGGUGAUCACUUUUACACAAGCCUACUUUGUUGGAUCAAAUCUGUUUUGGAUCACAUCUAUACAAGUCCAAGAAGACAAAAUUCGACCAAGCCCUUUGCAAAGAAGUAGAAGUGAAUUAUGGUUGAAUUACAAGCCCAAAAAUGAAGUGAAAGAGUUAGGCCCAACACCAAUUUCGACCAGAGUAGUUCAAGGGGCAUGGAUUCAGUCCAAGGGUCAUUCAAAAUCAUCAUUUAUCUCAGUCUUUGUUUGAUUUUCGAGAUGUUCUUUUAAUGUCUUGUUUAUUUUCGAGAUUGGACUUGUUUACCACAUCUCUUGUGUUCUAUUUAAGCACUUGUAAGUUCUUGGACGAAAUCAUCUAUCAUUUUUAUCAAUAAACUAUUUUGUUUUCU